ACAUAGGCUCCGGCCGAUGACUGUGUUUCCAUUCAGCUCUGUUUGUUUGAUGUGACUGAAUAUUGAAAUUGAAGGAAAUUGCCUGACGGAUGCAUUAUCAAUGAAUUAUAAAUUGUGAAUCGUGAUGUCUCUACUCUCUAGGACAGAGACUGAAUCACAAAAUCUCAAUUGACUCAAUCAGCUUGUGUUGCUUCAAAGAUGGAAUAACCCUGCAUGUUUGUUUUCCGAUUAUCAUUAUUUUUUCCCAUUGUUGACUCCAUAAAGACCAACAUAAACCAACAUUUAGAGCAAUAUGUAAGAAAUAAAUCAUGUCUGUGACAAUUCAACAUUGUUUACUAAUUUGAACAGUAUGGAUAACUCAGUGACACAUACAGUAUAUUGAGCAUGCAGUAGACAGCUAUUCACCUGACUUUGCUUUCAGUAACACCAGGGAAGGAGACUAUUAAUAUGAAGCGAAUGAAUCAUGGCUGAAUCAGGAACAAUACCAAAGGAUGCAAGUCCUGACCAGGUGUCAUCUGAGCAGACCUCAUCUCAUCAUAAGGUUCCGAUGAGUGACCAGAUAAUUCACAGGAAAGAACGAGACGUGGAUGCAGGGUCUGCAGUUGAUGUGGCAAGGUCUACAUCCCCUACACAGAGCUGUUUGUCAAUGAAAAGUGGCAAGUCCAUGGAAAAGGUCGUCACAUUUAAAGGGUCUGCAGUUGAUGUGGCAAGGUCUACAUCCCCCACACAGAGCUAUUUGUCAAUGAAAAGUGGCGAGUCCAUGGAUAGGAUCGACAAAUUUAAAGGGGAAAGCAUUAAAGGGAGUAAUGCAAAUGAUCCAACUAUACCCAGAAUCAUUGUGACUGAACCAGGUGGAAUUUCUGACUAUCCAUCAAACAAAAUUGGAAAUGGUGCAGGUCUUCUUACUACUGAAACAGGAGGUCAAACAGAGAGAGCAGGUUCACCAGACACCUGCUAUUCAUCAAUGCGCAGCUCAUCUAUGGAAUCAGUACAAGAAACACAUGAUACUGACAUUGAGAGCGAUAAUCUGAAGCAGGAUCUUGAUCUUUCAGAAAUACAAGCAGGAAAUGACAAAGCUAUGAAGGAUCUGAAAGAGAGAUAUAAAGAGCAGUUCCAGUAUGCCUGUGAAGUUAUGGAAAAUUCGAGUGUUCCCACUCUUCUGAAUGAUAUCUACACAGAGCUUUACAUCACUACCGGUGGAAGUGGCAAGUUCAACACAGAGCAUGAGGUCUGGCAGCUCGAGAGGGUGUCUAGGCUCAAAGCAACUGGAGAUAUUGCCAUCAAAUACAAUGACAUCUUCAAACCCUCCCCUGCACAACAGAUUAAUCUGAAAACAGUUCUCACUAAAGGGAUUGCUGGCAUCGGAAAAACAUUUUCUGUGAGGAAGUUCAUUCUUGACUGGGCCGAAGGAAAUGCCAAUCAAGAUGUUGACUUUGUUCUGCUGCUUCCUUUUCGGGAUCUGAAUUUGAAGAAAGGCGAAGAGCACAGUUUAGUGAAACUGAUUCACCACUACUUUCCAGAAUUGACAGAUGUUAUGAUUGAUGACGUGAAGGUCAUAUGCAUCUUUGAUGGCCUGGAUGAAUGUCGACUUACCCUGGAUUUCCUCAACCAUCCAAGUUUGGCAGAAAUAAACCAGCCAGCGUCAGUGGACAUCCUGCUAACAAAUAUCAUCAGAGGAGAUCUGCUGUCCCGUUCUUCCCUUUGGAUAACGUCUCGGCCUGCAGCCACCAAUCAGCUGCCACCAGAAUAUGUCCAAAGGGUCACCGAGAUCAGAGGGUUCAACGACGCACAAAAAGAAGAGUACUUCAGGAGAAGGAUCCAAGACCAGGCUCAAGCUGAAAGCGUUAUCAAGCACGUAAAGUCAUCGCGGAGCCUGCACAUUAUGUGCUACAUGCCCGUGUUCUGCUGCAUGACAGCCAGCGUCCUCCAGACAAUGCCAUGUGGACCAGAGGGGCACGAAUGUCCCAAAACCCUGACCCAGAUGUUCACGCACUUCCUUUUGAUUGAGCUGAAACUGAAGCAUGAAAAAGAUCAAGCCAAGAAUCUGACGCAAACAGAAUCGGAUCAGAACAUCCUGGUCAAGCUGGGAAAACUGGCUUUCAAAAACCUGGAGGAAGGACGACUGGUUUUCUAUGAGGGAGAGUUGACUGAGUGUGGCAUCGACUUUGAAGCACACAAUGGACUGUUGGCUCAGAUGUUCAGGCGAGAGUCUAGCAUCUUCGAAGAAAAGGUCUACUGCUUUGUUCACCUCAGCAUUCAGGAGUACCUUGCGGCUUUAUAUGCAGUUAUCAUGUGCACAAGAGGGGAAGUUGUUGUGAUACCUGAUGAAUCACUAAGCUGCACAUCUCCUGUAAGCAUAUCUCCAAACAUGUCUUUAGACAAAAGUCUUUCUUUGUGUAAGACAGCAGUGGGUAAAGCUUUGCAGAAAGAGAAUGGACAGCUAGACCUAUUUCUCCGCUUCCUUCUUGGUCUCUCGUUAGAGUCCACUCAGAAGAUCCUGGGAAGUCAUCUGUCUUGGACUGGAAUCAGCCCAGACACUGUGGAACAAAUCACUAAGUUCAUAAGGAGGAAGACAAGAGAGAGUCCAUCACCUGAGAGAACAAUUAACCUGUUCCAUUGUCUUCAUGAGAUGAAUGACGAUUCAUUUGUUGAGGAAGUCCAGGAGGUCAUGAGCUCUGGGAAAAUGAUGAGAGAGACUCUAGAGCCAGAUCAAUGCUCUGCCCUAGCUUGUGUUCUUCUGAUGUCAGAGAAGGUACAAGAUACAUUUGAUCUGAAAACAUACAACACAACUGACAUGGGGAUUCAGCGACUAAUACCUGUGGUCAAGUCUUGCAAAACUGCCAUACUUCAUGCUUGUAACCUCAGCGAACUGUCUUGUGAGAUCAUAGUGUCAGCUCUCGAGACAGUCAACUCACACCUGGUUGAAUUAGAUCUGAGCUAUAAUGACUUACAGGGUUUGCUGAAGCUUUUUUGUUCUGGGAUCAAAAGUGAAAAUUGCAAACUGGAAAAGCUCAUUUUGAGAGUGUGUAAUCUUACCAAAGACACCUGUUCAGACAUCUCUUCAGCUAUUCAGUGUCCACAUUCUCACCUACGAACAAUAGAUUUGGGUGGUAAUGUUUUGCAGGAUGAAGGAGUUCAGCAACUCUGCACUGCACUUCUAAGUCAACACUGCAAUAUAGAAGAACUCAGGCUAAGUGACUGCAGUCUUACCAGGAGCAGUUGUACUUACCUGAGCUCUGUCCUUGAGUCACCUCACUCCAAACUAAGACACCUUGUUUUGGACAACAAUGACCUUCAGAGUACCGGGAUAGAAAUACUUUCCUGUACACUGAAAAAGUCAGCCUCCAAUCUGGAAACACUUGGGUUGUCAGGUUGUCGAGUCACAGAAGAUGGUUGUGGUUCACUCAUGAAUGCUCUAAAAACAAACACUACAACUCUUCAACACCUGGAUCUGAGUUACAACCACCUUGGUGACACUGAGACACUCUCUGCUUUACAGAAAGAUUCCAAAAAUUUGAAAACAGUAUGUUUCGAGUUUUGUGGCCAGAGCAGAGACAAACCUGGAAUGAGGAAAUAUGCUGUGUGCCUCAGUUUUGACCCAGAAGCCACUGACGACAGCAUCUCUCUGUCUGAUGGGGACACCAAAGCCAUUCAAGGGGGAAAAUGCGGGACAGCUCAUUGUAGGGCUGGACUGAGAGAUCGAUGCUACUGGGAGACUGAGUUGACUCGUGAAGCUCAGGCAGAAAUCUCUGUGGGGCUGAUGACUAAAGGCGAGAAGGGCACAGAGAAGCACUGGAGUCUUAAGUGCACUGCAAUUGGUGGCGAUAGUUUCUAUGCAGAGUAUUUCAGCAUCAUGGACUCCAUCAAGCAGCGGUCAAUCGAGAUCGAAAGUCCCCUAUUCAAGAGAUUAGGGGUAUUUCUGGACUGGUCUGCAGGUACAGUGUCUUUCUACACAGCUGAUCCUUUGAACGGUCCUCAGACUCUUCUUUAUACUUUCCAUAUAACCUUCACAGAACCACUGUAUCCUUUUUUCAAAAUCCAAGGACCACAGUCCUCCGUCUCCCUCUGUAAAAUGGAAUAACAAAGCAAAAUUGAAAUGCCUGAUCAGACUGUUUACUUUGAUUAAGUGUUUUACAUUAUUAUACUGUUAUGAAUUAUUUUUGCUAUUCACAAAAAUAAAGCACUUUCAUUAGGCCCACUAGCCAAAAAUACACAUGGUUUAACUGCCAUGAAGUUAUAUUUGUUUGUCAUUGGUGAUAUGAUUUGUAAUGUAUGUGAUAUUAUGCAUAUUAUUUUCAGUUGUGCAUCUGCACAGUGUAGCCUUAAACCCAGCUUGGAUGUAGAUGAGUUGAUGGCUGUAAUGGUAGGUAGAUGGUACUUGGCUGUGCAGUAGGCCUAUAUGUCUGUUAGGUAAACCCCCUCCUGAUGCCUUAAAGGACAAAUCUGGCUAUGUUUCACAUCUCUGUUUCUCAAAGUACUGUAAAAUGCGAGAAACCCCUCUGAACAUAAUCAGUUCUACCUAGCUCGAGUUGCUGCAGCCAACAGCUAGAGGAGCCAGGCAGUUACAGUACUAGCUUUUCUCUGCCUAUAGACAUGCCAUAACCUGCAAACAGUCAACAGAUCAACUAUGCUGACCUAUCUGUUACAUCUCAUUGCCUAAAUACUGUAUCAGAGAUGCACUCACAACUGAAGUUAUCUAGCGGUACAAAUUGGAGACAAAUCUCUGACAUCAUCAAUGCUUACCCAGACUGAGCAAUGUUGCAGGGCAACCACCUGUCUGGAUGAAUGAUAACUUUAUCAAGAAACUAAUCUAAGUUCUCAAGAAAUUUGAGGUUGGUAUGAGAGGGGGGGUAUGUGUGAGUGUGUGUGUGAGCAACCUAAAUCUCAAUAUUGUGAUCAGCUCUACAAUUCAUAUACAAUAAUAUAACAGCUUGGGGGCCAUUGUAAAAGUUAAUUGUGAUAAUAUACUAAGCAAAUUUGCAUAUAGGGUGUUACAACUGCUUGUGUUUCUUGUGUUGUGUGUUCCCAGUGCUGUUUGUCCCUGUUCCUCUUCCGUUCCCUCUCUCUGCUCAGGUGCUCUGCUUGCAACGACCUUGAUUGACAGCACCUGGCCUGGUGAUUGAUUGGGAGUUAAAGGCUCUAGGAUCCAGUUUUUGUUGUGGGGACUACUGUCUUACUGCCUCUCAAUCUGUCUUGUCAUCUUGAUUUGGACUUUUGUCAUGUCUUUAUUUUGUGUUUUGUAAUUUUGUGUCUUAAUAUGAAUAAAUCCCAGUGGUUGGGUAAUUUUAAAAGCU